AUGGCGCUCUCCGCGCACGAGCUCUCGCAGCUGCGAGAAGCCCUGCAAGACGCAGUCGUCAGGGCUGCGGAGCUGUUAACCUCCCUACCUGAGCCAAGAGACGAGGAGCUGCAGGACCAAGACGCCGAGCAGCCGGUGCACCUGUCGCCCGUCUUCCUGCCGAACCAGGACCCGGAGGAGGCGUGCCUCGAGGCCAAGGAGCUCAGCAAGUACCUCCUCGCCAAGUCGCUGUUCGACUGCCGCGAGUACGACCGCUGCGCCGCCAUCUUCCUACCCGACGCCCUCUUCUCCACGGUGCUCACCGCGAAUGCGGAUACGGGCGCCUCGCCGAGCAAAAGCAGAGGCAAGGCGCGGUCGUCGGCCGGCGGCGCCAAGCCGGCGGCCUUGCUCCCGCACAUUAGCCAGAAGAGCCUAUUCCUGGCCCUCUACGCCAAGUUUCUCUCCGGCGAGAAGCGCAAGGCGGAGGAUUCCGAGAUAGUGACUGGACCGCAGGACCUGGGCACGGUUGUGAAUAAGCAACUGCUCGCCGUGGGGAGCUAUCUGGCGUCGUGGUUCGAAGCAAGGACGGUGGACAGUGAAGUGGUAGGGAGCCAGGGCUGGUUGGAAUACCUAUAUGGCAUGGUGCUUGCCAAAGAGAAGAACGAUAAAAAGGCUCUAGGAUUUUUCCUACAGAGUGUACACAAGUUUCCCAUGAAUUGGGGCUGCUGGCUCGAGAUUACCUCAUUGACCUCGAGAAGCGAAGAAUUGGAUCGCAUAUCUCGGCACUGUCCGCAGAAUAUCAUGUCAUACUUGUUUCACCUACAUACGUCGCUCGAGCUGUACCAACAUUCGACAAGUGUGGCCACCUCGCUCGAGCAACUCAUGGCCAUCUUCCCAACGUCGUCAUUUCUCCUCACCUGUAACGCGUUGCUGGCAUAUCACGAAAAGGACCUCCUGCUAGCAGAGCAACACUUCAGCCGUCUACUCUCCUUGCACCCCCAUCGUCUGGAUUCCUUGGAUCACUAUUCUAAUAUUCUAUACGUCUUGAACCUCCGACCAAAACUCGCCUUCUUAGCACAUCUGUGCUCCAGCGUGGAUAAGUUCCGACCAGAAUCUUGCGUUGUUAUCGGAAACUACUAUUCGUUACUCUCCAUGCACGAGAAGGCGGUCCAGUACUUCCGCCGCGCCCUGACACUAGACAGGACUUGCCUAUCAGCCUGGACGCUGAUGGGGCACGAGUAUGUCGAGCUCAAGAAUACACACGCAGCAAUCGAAUCAUACAGACGCGCAGUAGAUGUCAACCGCCGCGAUUACCGCGCCUGGUAUGGCCUCGGUCAGACAUAUGAAAUGCUUGAGAUGCACACAUAUUCGCUGUGGUAUUACAAAAAAGCCGCGGGUCUGCGGCCAUGGGACGGCAAGAUGUGGAUGGCUGUUGGAUCAUGCUUGCAGAAGAUGGGGAGAGACCGCGAUGGAAUCAAGGCGCUGAAGCGUGCUCUGCUCGCCGAUACAUAUUACGACGCGGGCAGCAGCUUCGGGAACAGCGAUGGCCUCGGCCCGCACGCGGCAACAGCCCACAUGGAUCCUGAGAUCCUCCUGCAGAUCGCCACCAUGUACGAGCAGCUCGGCGAGGAAGAGGAAGCAAAGUCAUACAUGGAACUCUGCGUCGGUCAAGAGGACGGUGGCGGCGGCCCGGCCGGAAGGGAUGCGGACGGCUCUGUCAUUGACCCGUCCCGCACGCACACCGACUCGCCGGGCGACUCGGACGAGGGCGAGCGCGAGGAAGGUCGCAACGAAGGAACCGGCGUCACUGCGGCGACUAGCAAGGCGCGCAUGUGGCUGGCUCGCUUCGCCAUGCGCACCGCGGAUUACACCGUCGCCCACAGGCUCGCGACGGAACUCUGCCAGGACGGCGUCGAGGUGGAGGAGGCCAAGGCGCUGGUGCGGGAGGUCCGCUCACGGCUGGACGCUCCCGGAGGAGGGAUGUUCACGUGA